CUACACCCCCUUGUUUUCUUCGUUGAUUCGUCUACCUAUUUUCUAGAGAAACCGAGGAAGAAAACUCUCUCAAGAUGCAGAUCUUCGUCAAGACACUCACCGGCAAGACCAUCACCUUGGAGGUGGAGAGCAGCGACACCAUCGACAACGUUAAGGCUAAGAUCCAGGACAAAGAAGGGAUCCCACCGGACCAGCAGCGUCUGAUCUUCGCCGGAAAACAGCUCGAAGACGGCCGUACCCUAGCCGAUUACAACAUCCAAAAGGAAUCGACUCUCCACCUUGUUCUCCGCCUCCGUGGUGGGAUGCAGAUCUUCGUCAAGACCCUAACGGGUAAGACGAUCACCCUUGAGGUUGAGGGCAGCGACACAAUUGACAACGUUAAGGCCAAGAUCCAGGAUAAGGAGGGCAUCCCCCCAGACCAGCAGAGGCUGAUCUUCGCCGGAAAGCAGCUCGAGGACGGCAGGACCUUGGCGGAUUACAACAUCCAGAAGGAAUCGACCCUCCACUUGGUGCUCCGUCUCCGUGGUGGGAUGCAGAUCUUCGUCAAGACCCUUACGGGGAAGACGAUCACCCUCGAGGUAGAGAGCAGCGACACAAUUGACAACGUCAAGGCCAAGAUCCAGGACAAGGAGGGCAUCCCCCCAGACCAGCAGAGGCUGAUCUUCGCCGGAAAGCAGCUCGAGGACGGCAGGACCCUCGCCGACUAUAACAUUCAGAAGGAGUCAACCCUCCAUCUGGUUCUCCGUCUUCGUGGUGGGAUGCAGAUCUUCGUCAAGACCCUUACAGGGAAGACGAUCACCCUCGAGGUAGAGAGCAGCGACACCAUUGACAACGUCAAGGCCAAGAUCCAGGACAAGGAGGGCAUCCCCCCAGACCAGCAGAGGCUGAUCUUCGCCGGAAAGCAGCUUGAGGACGGCAGGACCCUCGCCGACUAUAACAUUCAGAAGGAGUCGACCCUCCAUCUGGUUCUCCGUCUUCGUGGUGGGAUGCAGAUCUUCGUCAAGACCCUUACAGGGAAGACGAUCACCCUCGAGGUAGAGAGCAGCGACACCAUUGACAACGUCAAGGCCAAGAUCCAGGACAAGGAGGGGAUCCCCCCAGACCAGCAGAGGUUGAUCUUCGCUGGAAAGCAGCUGGAGGACGGCAGGACAUUGGCUGACUAUAACAUCCAGAAGGAGUCGACCCUUCACCUGGUUCUUCGUCUUCGUGGUGGGAUGCAGAUCUUCGUCAAGACCCUUACCGGGAAGACGAUCACCCUUGAGGUUGAGAGCAGUGACACCAUUGACAAUGUGAAGGCUAAGAUCCAGGAUAAGGAAGGGAUCCCACCGGACCAGCAGAGGCUGAUCUUCGCUGGGAAGCAGCUGGAAGAUGGCAGGACUUUGGCUGAUUAUAACAUCCAGAAGGAGUCCACCCUGCACCUUGUCCUGCGUCUGCGUGGGGGUUUCUAAGUGAUUUCGUGGUGUUUUCUGGUUAUUAGUACCCAAGUUUCGAACUGUGUGUCGUAGGUCCUAUUGAGGCCUUUUGUGAAAAAA